AUGACAGUUUUAUUGAUCAACGGAAGUCCACGAGUUAAGGGAAACACUUCUCAUAUGUUGGGAUGGUUAAAAGAACAUUUAGAGGCAGAAGGGUUAAAAGUGGAGUACUACCAACUUGGUGGAAAAGACAUCAAAGCAUUAGAUGUUGAAGAUCCUGUGAUCAACGCUUUAUGUGAACUGAUGUUAGCAGCAGAUGGUAUUGUCAUUGGAAGUCCAACAUAUUAUGCAGAUGUUUCAAUGGAAGUCAAAGGAGCAAUGGACCGUUGUGGUAUCAAAAUCGGGCGCAAGUUGGCAAGAAAGGCGGGUGCUGCUGUAGUGAUGGCCCGUCGAGGAGGCGCAAUACACGUAUACGACACAAUUAAUCAUUGGUUUGGUAUCAACAAUAUGUACACUGUUGGUUCUUCUUAUUGGAACGAUGGCUACAACAGAGAUGUGACCAAAAUCAAUGAAGUAGAAGAAGAUGUUGAAGCAAAAAAGACGAUGAAAAAUUUAGCUGAGAACAUGGCCUUUUUGAUUAAAGCAAUAAAGGCUCAGUAA